AUUGUUUUGAUACAGAUCUAAUGAAGUAAAAGCAAGCACCGCUGGAGAGCUAUCAGACAGGAAGUUUGGAACCUGCUAUCAUUAAUCAAAGCUAAGCCUAGUUCACACAGCACUUUGCCCCUUUCUCGUUUCGGAGUCAGAAAGAGUGGUGGCCUAGGCAAGGAGAGCUCUUCUCCACCCACGGAACGAAAACCGGAUGUUUGUGACUUGUGAAGCAAGCAGCUGUCACUGACCUAGCUAACGUUGGUAGCCUAGCGAGAUAACUUAUAGCAAGCCUUUCAGCGGGGAUCAAUUUCACAGCUUUUACGGAGGCUGGCUGAGCACCUGACCAGAUUUUGUUCUGUGUGGAGUCUCAUAGUUCACCACCAUGUCUUCAGACCUUCUGGUUGACCUCAAUGAUGACCUUGGAGUAGAUGAUCCCCCCAGCAAUGCCCUGGACCAGCUCAAACUGUCUCCAAUGGGGGACAAGCUGUGGCCCCCAGAUGACUCCAGUAUGAGCAAGUCUGAGACGGACAUAUCCAAGCGGUUGGGGGAGGGGUCACACCUAUCCUGGGACCACCCAUACUAUGAUAUUGCCAGGCAUCAGAUUGUCGAAGUAGCAGGUGAUGAUAACUUUGGCAGGAAGGUGAUUGUCUUCAACGCCUGUCGGAUGCCCCCCCACCACGAACUGGACCACCACAAGCUACUGAUGUACCUGAAGGCUACCCUAGACCAGUAUGUUGAGAGCGACUACACCCUCAUCUACUUCCAUAAUGGCCUCACCAGUGAGAACAAGCCAUCUCUCAGCUGGCUGAGAGACGCCUACAGAGAAUUUGACAGGAAGUACAAGAAGAACAUCAAGGCACUGUACAUUGUCCACCCCACCAUCUUCAUCAAGACUCUUCUCAUCCUCUUCAAGCCUCUCAUCAGCUUCAAGUUUGGACGAAAGAUCAACUACAUCAACUACCUGAGUGAACUGGAGGACGUUGUUAAGUGUGAGCAGCUAGUGAUACCCACCCGGGUGCGAGACUAUGAUGAAAAAAUCAGAGCCUCACUGAAACCAUCAGUUCAGGCCCAGAUGUCCCCCCCUCGCAGUCCACCACUACCCAAUCAACAGUUUGGAGUCUCCUUGCCGAUGCUAAGAGCGAGAAGUUCUGACAACGAAGCAGUUCCAUUGGUGAUGCGAGACACUGUGGCCUUCUUAAUGGAACAAGGUCUUGAAAUUGAGGGGAUAUUCCGGCGGUCAGCCAACGUGACGCUCGUCAAAGAUGUUCAGCACAGAUAUAACUCGGGUGAGGAGGUGAGUUUUUCCCAGAUGGAGGACGUUCACCUGGCAGCUGUCAUCCUCAAGACAUUCCUCAGAGAACUACCAGAGCCCCUCCUCACAUACCAGCUCUACAAUGACAUUGUCAACUUCCACAAUGUUGACAGCAGUGCCAAAGUGACUGCGAUCCAGAACAUGCUGGCAAUGCUCCCCGAGGAGAACUAUACCUCCCUGAAGUUCCUCAUUGAGUUCCUGGUGCAGGUGUCCGCACAGAGUGAGAUCAACAAGAUGAACAACACCAACCUGGCAGUGGUGUUCGGACCCAACCUACUAUGGGGACAAGACGCUGCCAUGACACUCAGUGCCAUCGGCCCCAUCAAUAACUUCACCAGAACUCUGUUGGACCAACACUACGAGGUCUUUUCCCCCUAAGACGUCUCCUGUACAGCUAUCUCUAACCACGCCCCAUUCAUUCGGUGUUUAAAUCCCCAUCUCUGACCCCGUCUCUGUAUUGGUCUAGUACAGUGUAACUGUGUCUCUCCCAGUGUCCCCUAGUAGUGUUGCCAAAUGCAUGUGUGUAUUGUGACUGUGACUGAGGACACAGAGAGAGGAAAAAGACAGGGGAGACGAACCAUUGAAGAUGCCAAAAGUCGGGUUAGAAGUCCGGUAUGAAGAAGGCUUUAAUGUCUCCGCCAGAUAUCUUAUCACUCAGGAGAAGUUCAACACAGUGUACAUGAUUUGGUACUUUAAAACAAUUGGAAUAACCGAAACCAGUUCACAUCUGUUCUGGUUUGAAUCAUAUCAAAUAUUUAUUUUGAUGGUACAGAUUUCAGAGAACAUUUAUGCAAUGUUUUGUAUCUGGGGAGCAAGAUAUAUUUCAUAUUAAUUUACUUGGUAUGUCAAGUCCUAUUUGCAUUGGAACAAAUCAUUUUCGAAUUUCAUAAAUGAUCGGUCGCUGCAGUCAGUGAGCCAGUGUACUCAAUUCUAUCGGGAGUUUAUAUUUUGCCACAACUUGUUUAAGAAUCAUGGUUAUGUGUAAAGCUACAGAGUAUAUAGCUAAAUAAAACCAUGUGUAUUUACGUUUUUUUCGGGGGGGGGGUCACAUAUCGCCUUACUUUUUAAAUGUUUACUCAUCUGAUAAAACAUACUGGUAUCCCCUUUAAACAUAUCCAGCAAGCCUUUGUUCCUUUCUGCUGCAUUACGUUUGAUCAUUUUGUACAGGUCAACUAUAAAAUAAACUAUUCUUAAUCAUUUAACUUCUA